AUGGCGUCCACCUCUUCAGCGGCGUCGCUAUUUGCGACAGAGUGCCUUCUCUACUCUACGGCCUCCUCGUCGUCCUUGGUCGGCUCCAUGGGACUUACCACAGUCGCCGCUCCUUCUUCUACUUCGGCCCUGUUUACCUUUAAGGGCGUCUCGGACCCAGCUUUCCACUCUGUCAGCGCCAUCCCUACCUCGCCAAACCCUGCCAUCUCCGGCACCGGCGGUCUCGUCUUUCAGCUCGAGAACAAUAAGGCAACACUCAACGUCUUCUCGUGGCAAAGAGAUCAUCCUUUGCAACGCAUCAUCCUUCCCUCAAAACUUUCCUGCAUCGCAUGCUCUCCCAAUGGCGAGCUCGUAGCUGGUGGCUCCUUCGAUGGCCGCAUCUUUCUCUGGCAGAUUGCUACCGGUGACCUCCUUGCCUCGUUCGAUGCCCACUACCGUUCAGUAACCGUCCUCAAGUGGACGAGCGACGGUGCAGGGUUAAUAACAGGCUCCGAGGAUGCAAGAAUUCUUGUGUGGAGUCUCGCAGGUCUGCUGGCUCCUCACGACCAGACCAGCUCUUCCAUUACCAGCUCCGAACACAAUCCGACUCCUUACUGCACCCUCGCCGAUCAUAACCUUGCUAUCACCGACUUGCACAUCUCCAGCGGUCGCUUUCCGCACCAGAUCACCAUCCUCUCGAGCUCCAGCGAUGCAAGCGCCAAGCUGUGGGAUCUUCGUACGCGAAGUCUGUUGAGCACCUUUGUCUUUGAACAGCCUAUUCACAGAGCUGGUUGA